AUGACUUUUUUGAAACUUUGCAAAGCAACAGAAAAUUUUAGCAUGGAUAAUGUGAUCGGAAAAGGAAAGACAGGAACAAUGUACAAGGCCACUCUUCCAAAUAGCUGGUUUUUUGCGGUCAAGAAGAUAGAUGACUCCCCGCACAAUGAAAGCCUAUUUGUAUCUGAGCUCUUGGCUUUGUCUAGAAUGAAACAUGACAACUUAAUCCCUCUUUUGGGUUUCUGCAUUGUUGAAAAUGAAAGGCUUCUGGUCUACAAACAUAUGUCAAACGGGAAUCUCCAUGAUCGCUUACAUCAAGUCGAAGGCAAUGCUAAAAUCCUGCCAUGGCCUAUGAGGGUUAAAAUUGGCAUGGGAAUAGCUAGAGGUUUGGCAUUGUUAGAGCUGUAUUCUGUUGUUUGUUGUUUGUUAUUUUCGGUUAUAUACAGUGCUUUAUUGGUAGCUGGUGUAUAUGGUUGUUAA